GAGUUUUAGAAUUUCGCCUGUGAAUUUGAAGGUUUAGAGUUUUGUGGAAUUAUCGAUACUUGGUUUGGGUUUCAUGUGGAAGAAGUUGACGGAACUUACAAAUUUGUAGUUGAUGGCUUUGAAUGAUGUUUAACCUUCAAAUGAAGUUGUCAUGAAACUUGAUUCUCUUAGGGCUUUUACGUGUGUGUGUAAAGUUGAAAGAAAAAAUGAAAUACUUACUAAAUUCGGAUUUAAUUUGUGGAAUUGUGGAUUAAGCUCAGUUAGGGUUUUAAUCAUAUUGCUUAGUUAGAAAUUUGAAUGGCAGAGAGGAGGGAGUUAGGUUUUCAAAGGAAAGGUGGUUGUAGCUUGAAGGAACAGCUAGCUAAAACAACUCUUAACAAUGUAAGAUCGCAAGGGCAUACUUACGUAGAGCUUCGUGAGGAUGGGAAGCGGUUCAUAUUCUUCUGCACUUUGUGUCUUGCACCAUGUUAUAGUGAUUCGGUGUUACUUGAUCAUUUGAAGGGGAGUCUUCACACAGAGAGGUUAGCUGCUGCUAAGGUUACAUUGUUAGGAACUAAUCCAUGGCCGUUCAAUGAUGGUGUCCUGUUCUUUGGUGCAUCCAAUGAAAAGGAGAAACAGUCUGCAGUUGUAAAUGAUAACCAGAAUAGGUUGCUGGAGUUUCAGAACAAUGAUAGCAUCCUUGCUGUUGUGAAAUAUGUUGGCAACCAAGUUAGUUCUGGUAACAAGCAAGUGAAUGGUAAAGCUGGAGAUUCUGAUCUGGUGAUUCCAGGGGUGCUAAUGAAGGAUGAAAUUUCUGACUUGAAAGUGAAUUUUAUUGGUUAUGGGGAAAUUGCUGCUAGGUUCUUUGAGAAUGGAGUUUCAAAUAUUAUCAGCAGAAUAUGGUGUGAAUGGCUAGGGAAAGAGGCCCCCAUAAAUGAUGAUAUGUCGAAGGUCUCAAAGCAUGAAUUUGCUGUUGUAACUUUUGUUUAUAAUUGUGAUCUAGGCAGAAAGGGAUUUCUUGAUGAUGUCAAAUCACUAUUAACAUCUGGUUCAACAGCAGAAUUGGAUAAUGGUGAAGCUGCUACUAGAAAAAGGAAGAAGUCGUUUUCUGACCCUGAGGAUAGUGGAUCUUUGAGAAAUCAGUACGAUUCAUCUGGGGAAGACUCUUCAGCUUCAAAUGGUGCUUCUUCAAGUCUGGCAUUAGCUCGAUAUGAUGAUCAGUUUCUGCUCACAAGAUUUAUAUCAAAUAAAGCUAUAAGGAGGGAAUUGAGGCGGCAACAGCGUGUAGCUGCUGAAAGAAUGUGUGAUAUCUGUCGGCAAAAGAUGCUUCCUGAGAAAGAUGUAGCGGCACUGAUGAACUUGAAUACUGGAAAACUUGUUUGCAGUAGUAGAAAUGUUAAUGGGGCCUUCCAUUUAUUUCAUACUUCAUGCCUUAUACAUUGGAUACUCCUUUGUGAGGUUGAGAGGAUUGAGAACCAGCCAAUUAAUCCUAAAUUAGUAAGACGAAGAUCUAGGAGAAAAAGUCGAACCAAAUCCACUAAGACAGGGAAGAAUGGAGAGGCUAAACCGGCUGGGACCCUCCUGAUUACUUCUGUACUCUGCCCAGAGUGCCAAGGCUCUGGUAUUGAGAUCGAGGGAGAUGAGCUGGAGAAGCCUGAGAUCUCUCUUUCUCAGAUGUUUAGAUAUAAGAUUAAAGUAAGUGAUGGUCGUAGAGAAUGGAUGAAAAACCCUGAAAUUCUGGAGAAUUGUUCGACAGGCUUUCAUUUUCCGUCUCUGUCUGAUAAGAUAUUUCAGGAGAAAGUAAUGCCCUUAAAGUUGCUGCAUUUCUACAGCGCCGACAUGUCUGAAUGAAGUACGAGUUUCGUUGGGUGAGUUGUGGAAUUGGAUCGUAUGUUUAAUGUGCAAAUAUGUUAGAACCUGUGGUGAAGUAGGAUGCUUUGUAAGUACCUUUUGUACAUUGCUGACACCUGUAUGCCUUGUAAUGACUCAAUGUUGCAUUGACUUUUAUAUGAAUCAUAUUUUUAAUUCUUAAUUCA